UCAAAACUCAAAUUUAUUUUAUAUCACCAGAUUCUGAACGUGUCCCAAGAGCAUUAAUACCUAUGACAUGUUAAAGGAACUAACACGCCUUUGAGUGUAGUCAUUAAUAAUUGUAGGAGUGGCGAUUGUGGGAGGAGUCAAUAUUUCCAGAAUUUUUUUUGUCUUGUGACGCGCGCGCGCGCGUGUGUGUGUCACUCCCUUACUCUCAACUAUUACCUUUGCGUCCGUCAUUCGAGAUGCUUCAUCACCCAGCGUCCCAUUCAACGCUCAUUUGCGCACUCACCCUGCCCUCCACCUCAUCUCUCCCCCUCCGACACUUACAUACUCAUCCAUGCGAUCAGCGCCCUUUAGCGUCUUAGUGCAAUGGAUCACUUGUCUCCGUGCUCUCUCUUUGACAGCGCAUGACAAGAACCUGACACAUUACUACUCUCUCUGUCUCAUUUUCUCCUCCCUUCCACCGUCUUGCACCCAUCCCCACCACUUUACAGCCGUGGCCAGCCUCGGUUUGUCAGUCAUCUGCUUGGCGGAACUGAAGAGAGCGAAGCUGGCCACACACUGCUUGCCUUGCUGUGAAGAGGACAACGAAAUUUUCUCGAGCAAGUCACCAUGGCAACGAGAACAGGAAGCGUGAAUUUCGAAGAGGACCACCCGAGAUGGGAGGAAUAUAAAUUUGAAUGUCUGAGACACCCUUCUCUUGAUGAGGUCGCCGACCGGCACCGUGCCAGACCAACACGUGCAGACAAAGGACCCAAGCCUCGCCGCUCUCUAGUUCGUAAAGAGGGUCACAGCAACGUGGAGUUCAGAGGUGUAAAGAAGAAAGCCCGUCGCUAUGUUCAGGACUUGUAUGUCACGCUGCUGGAAAUGAGGUGGAGAUGGGUCGUUCUCAUCUUUUUCGCCUCCUUCUUGGCCUUCUACGGGAUCUUCGCAACCUGCUACUAUUUCCUGGCCUGGUUGCAUGGGGACUUCGCCAACCUGGGCAACCCCGACUUCGUCCCCUGCAUCCAAAACAUGAAGAACGCGUGGGACGCCUUCCUGCUGUCCAUAGAAACGCAGUCCACCAUUGGGUACGGCAUUGUCUAUGCCCACCCGGAAUGUGGCUCUACUCUACCGGUCAUCUACCUGCAAAUAGUUACAGGGUUCCUUUUCGAGACAUUGGUGUUUGGAUUUGUAUUUGCUAAGUUGGCACGUCCAAAACACCGACGUCACACGAUAGUAUUUUCCCGCAACGCGUGCAUCUCCCAAGAGGCCGAACGCCUGGUCCUCCAAAUACGGGUAGGAGACAUGCGACGUUCCAACCUGGUGGACGCUCGGGUGCAUGGGUUGCUGAUCAAACGCCACGUCAUACAGGAGAAGUAUGUCUACCCGCUUUACCAGCACCAGCUAGAGUUCAACGCUCAUGAAAUGGGAGACCGCUUGUUUCUGAUGUGGCCUCUCGUCCUCACACAUCACAUCACGGAAGACUCUCCUCUUUGGACGCUGACCCCAGGUGACCUCAUCUUCGAUAAGUUUGAGAUCGUAGUGUUCCUGGAGGGCUACAUCGAGUCGACGGGUGAGAUGUGUCAGGCACGCACCUCCUACACUACCCGUGAAAUCAUCUGGGGUCACCGCUUCACGCGACUGGAGGAGUAUGACCCCAAAAACGACCUUUGGAUCAUGGACUUCGUCAAAUUUAACAAGGUGGUACCCAGCGACACCCCGGCAUGCAGCGCCGCGCAGCUGAUGCAGCAGAGCGAGACGACUGUUCUACCUGUGCAGCGGUCAUCGUCGCAGCCUGGCAUCCGUCAGAGCUACAUCUCUGUUGAUGACGACUUCGAUACGGCCUCUGAGUCGCCCUUCAGUGAUGACGAGCAUGUUGUGGGUGAUCCGAUCAGAAUCCCUUUUACACCGAUGCCUAUGGCCAGCCCAGAGGAAGGCGUGGGAGAGUAGACUGUGUGUGUGUGCGCGCGUCUUUUUGUGAGAGAGGACGGAGGGGAUUGAUUGUGGUUUAAACAUUUUGCCUGAUACAGCUGAUGAUUAAAUUUUGAAACAUUUUCUUUGUUAAUCGCCAUAUGUGUGUGUGAUUUAAUUUAU